GCUUCCUACUCUCUUUCUUGAUAUCUCUCUACUGGGUUUUUGCUUCUCCAGCAAACCCUCCUCUCUAGGGUUCUUCAAUUUCCCCGGAAAAUAUUAGAUCCGGAAAUUGAAUUAUAAAUAAAUGAAGACCCAAAUAGUAACCAAGUGAGCAAAACCCACAUCACCAAUCACGCGUUUCUUGCUGAACAAGCACUUCGCCCUUUGCCGGGUUGUUUCUAAUGUCUUGAGUAUGAUCUUUAUCCAUCUAAUCUGCUGUUCUUGAAUCAGUUCUUGUAGUUAUCUGCUUUUGUCUGUUUUGGGUUCUGUCUGGGAUUCUGAUCAUUGUUUGCCAACGUUUGUCUCUGUGACUCUUUGAUCGACUCGGGUUGUUGUUGAACUAGUUGAAGUGUGUGUCUUUGGUUUUUCUUGAUUUGCAUAAAUCGUGGGUUUCUGCUUUUCGAAGCCGUUUGAACUCUGUGAUUGUGGUUGUUUUGCAGCUGAGUGAUUUGAGUGAGUUGGAGUGUUGUGGAAUCAAUUGGGUGAUUGCUUAAAAAGGGUACGUGCCUGAUUGUUUAAAAUUAUUGACAUUAUGGCAUCUUCUCAUGGUAAUACUCACUCUGAGGCAGCAAUACAAAUUAUAACUGAAUUUUAUGCUAAGAGUUUACACAUAAUACUCGAGUCGAGGACCCCUUACAUGUCCUCGAGGAAUUAUAGUGGGGAACAAGGCUUAUCUUCGCCGUCAUCCUCCUCCUCCUCGUCCUCCAGUGUGAGGCCGAGGGAUAAGUGGUUUAAUUUAGCUCUAAGAGAAUGCCCUGCUGCGCUGGAGAAUCUUGAUCUCUGGCGCCAGAGCAAUUUUGAACCAAUGGUGGUUGAUGUGGUUUUGGUCCAGAGGCCGCUUGUUAGUGAGUCGGUGGAGUGUUCACCUAAGAGGGGUCUUGCUAGGAACUUGUCGUUGAAAGAGCGGUAUCCGUAUUGUUGGAAUUAUGAGCAGGAAGAGUUUUGGUGUGAGGCAAAGAGUGAAAAUAUUAUAGAGAGAUGGGUGCUGCAGUUUGAUACUCGCAGGACUAGAGAGAUGAAAUCAGGGAGCAGGAGGUCUAGCAAUAGUACUUUACAGACGAUGUAUAAGAAAUCGAUAUUACUAUUGAGGUCAUUGUAUGUUACUCUUAGGCUUUUACCUGCUUAUAAAAUUUAUCGUGACCUCAAUUCGUCUGGCCAAAUUCUUCCAUUUACUCUUGCUCACCGGGUGGCCUCUUUUGCUGAGCCUUUCACAUGUAGAGAAGAUGCAGAAAUGCAGCGGUUUGAGUUUACCCCUGUGGAUACGGCUUGUGGUAGGCUUUGCCUUUCAGUGUUAUACUGUUCAUCACUUUCAGAUGUGAGCUCUGAACCAUCAACUCCAAUGUCUCCACAAGUUAUACCAGACUAUGUUGGGAGCCCGUUGGCAGACCCGCUUAAAAGGUUCCCAUCCCUUCCUGUGACACAAGGCACUCCAUCAUCGUCUCCAUUCUCAAGGUGUCAUAGUUGGAGUUAUGACCAUGGUACAGAUUCACCACCUUCAAUUUCUUUUUCACCUUCCCCUACACAUUCAGAACCUCAGGCUUCACCUAACCCAAGAUCUCGACAUUUUCCACCCAGAAGCUUACCACAUUAUCAGCCCGGAACAUCUCUUGAUCAUAAGAAGGAUAUUGGUUUUUAUGAGUAUUUUCCUUCACCUGGCUUUUCUCCUGCACUGUCUCCAUCAGCUUCUCCAUCAUUGCCAAUCUCUAUUCCUAGCAAUCAUGUUUCAAAUAAUUUGUUACGGUCUGAGAGUGCACCAUUCAGUGCCCCGGUGUCUAAACAGGUUAAUUCCCCUGCCUCAUCCCAGAAGCUAAAUUUCCCUCCAUCUCCCCCCCUUAGGAGUACAAGCUCUGGUACUUUUAGGACUGAUGAAACUACGGUUGGGACAGCAGUUGGAAAGUUAUUCUCUUUUGGGAAAGGGGAAUCUAGACAAUGUUCUGGGCUUAAGAUUUCAUCGAACAGCUCACCACAGAUAUCUUUUUCACGAAGCUCCACUAGGUCUUUUCCUGAUGAUUUUGAUGAUUCGGAGUAUCCUUGCCCAUUUGAUUAUGAUGAUGAUGUGACAGAUCCUGGUAGCAGACCUGAGUCCUUUGACCAAAGGCAUGAGCCUGGAGGAUUAUUUCCAAUUACGAAAUCCCAAGACGCUGCUGUUGGUGCGCUUGUAAGAAUGCUAAAAAAAGCCCCACCUCUUCGGCAAGAGGUAUCAGAUUCAGUGAGUUUGUCACAGGACUGCAGGCCUGAGAUGUGGAGUGAUACUCAAAAAGAGGCUAAUCUUUCUUCUGAGAGACCCACACCAGGGCACCCUGUUAAUUCCGUAAGUGUUAUAUCUUCAGGGCUCGUGACAUCAAAAACUACAGCUGAUGCCUUAGAAGAGCUCCGGAGUUACAGGGAUAUGAAAAACUUGUUACUGGUGCAAAGUACUAAGUUUAACAUGUAGUCCAGACAUGCUCCUGCAGCCUUUUUAAACAUUGUACAGCAUUUCGGCUCGAGUGUUAACGAUUUAAUGCUGUAUGGCUGAAAGAAACUAAUAUUUUGGCCUCAACUCUCGGUUUGUAUAUUGUACAUUAAGGGGAAUAUGAUACUGUAAGUUUGAGGAUAAUAUUUGUAAUUUCAUUUGGAGCGCGAUGCUCUUGUUCAUAACUUUGUAAUAUGUGGGUUGGCUAAUUGGUUGCUUGGUGGUACUCUCUUUUGCUUUGA